GGGCUCUGAGGGCGCAUGCGCGCUGGGCUCUUCUCGCGAGAAACUCCUUUCCUCUAUCCCUAACUGGAAUUGGCGGUGAUGGCUGUGGAGGAAGUGGCAUCUUCGAACUUAGAACAAGCUUGGCUGCAGGCUAUCCAUUCUUUCAUCCAGAAGAACCUAAUUCCAAUCAUCAAACACCCUUGUAUCCAGUUGGUAGAGACAGUUGUUGACUGUGUGAAGGCUAUCUGGGCAUCCUCAGGAGGAACUGGGGGUCUUAAUUUGCCUCUUAGCUACAGUUUUGUAUCUGUGCAGGAGCUUAAGUCCCAUCAACACCUCCCAUGCUGUAGCCAUUUGGCAUGGAGCAGUACUGAAUACCAGACCUGGGCUAACAAAAUUGGAGUGAAUACAGUUCCCCUGCCAAGGGAGAGGCUGCUACUUCUGGGAAUACUGACUGACCUGCCAGUGGAUUUGGACCCAGAGUGCAGGGAUGGAAGCCUCUACGUGAAGGACAACAGUGGGACAUUGGGCUGUGAGCUCUUGGACCUUGACAUUUCUUGGCUGGGCCACCUCUUCCUUUUCCCUAGCUGGAGUUAUAUCCCCCCUGCCUGGCAACAGAGCUCCUUGGGAAGUGGGCAUUUGGAGCUGUGGUGCCCCCCAGUGCCUGUGUUGCCUUUGAUCCUUAACCGUGGCCCUGAGACUCCCAUAAAAGUUCUCUACCCAGAGAUUGCAUCUCAACUGCUCCAGCACAGAAGCAAGUUUCGAAGGCAGCAACUACAUCUGGCGGGACAACUGAUAAGAUUAAGUACACUGAUAAAGACCCAUGGAAAGACUUACUUCAUCCUGUCAUUAGGAAGCUCCUCUUCAGCUUCUACUUCUGUGCCUAUCAUUGUACAGAUUCCUAGGCAAUUGGUGUGGCAUCAUGCUCUACGUCCUAGCUGUUCAUAUGUGCUGACAAAUCUGCAAAUAUCCAUGAUCCGCGGUUACUCUCAUCGUAUUUGGGCAACUAGCCCCUCUUCCAACUUGAUGCCCCUAGAUGCUGAGCACAUAAAGGAAUUUAAUGUGGAAGCACUUAUUUCAGAGGCUAUCCCCAACCCCCUCCCUGCAUCUGCCAGCUUCCAGCAACAUUGUAACUCUGUCCCAAAAGUCAGGAUGUUAACAUACAAGGGGACAGUUACCAAAGUGCUGAAUGGUCCCGCUGGCCUAUAUGAACUAGAUGGACAACUAUGUCUCUGCCUUGCCUAUCAGCAACUCCCUAAUAAUGGGCGGACAAUCAGACCAGGAGUCCAGCUAGAGCUCCUAGAUGUUCACUUCUUCCAUUCUGUGGAUGGCGCUCCCAUGCUUGCCCCCUGCCUCCGAGGGACUGUCUUGCUUCGGGGUUUUUCUCAACAGGACUCUCCAAAGCAGUCUCCUCACUCAUUCUAUGGGAUUGUUGUGCAUCUGCGGCUAUUACUAGAACGUCACUUGGGACUUCCCCUCUACCUGUGGACAGUCAAGGCCCUGGAAGAGAUAACUAGCAAGCUGUGUCCUCGUUUACUGAGACACCGUCAGCUGCUACAAAGCUCAGCUUCUGGGACCGCUGGAGUUGGGGAGCUGCUUCUGACUCCCACACUGGAUGCUGUAGCUCCACCUGUGAUAUCCACCCGGAAUGUAUAUCAAGAAAUCUUAGAGGAUCUACAUCAUUGUCCCCUCCGGGAGUAUUCUCAGCUACAGCCUCUGUGUUCCUUCCCAACUUUGGCUGCCCUCAAGGAGGAUGGACAGCACAGGGCCUGGGCAGUUUUUGACCCUAUGAGUCUGUUACCUUUGCCUGAGGUCACCUACCUACCAAGUUGUGUGCUCAAUUCCCGUCUGUCCUGGUCCUGGAUCUCCUUAUCAUCCUCCAUUUUCCAACCACCUCCAGUACUCCUAGGGGUCCUGGUGGCUUCAUCUCAUCGGGGAUGGCUGCAACUUCGAGACCAAAGUGGUUCUCUACCCUGUCUGCCCCUGCCUAAGCCUUCUCAAGUUUUUAUUGACCCUCGGCUUAUAGGCUCCCUUGUGCGGGUGGAACGGUUCCAACUGGUAGUAGAGAGAGAAGUGAAGAGCAACUUUCCUUCCUGGAAGGAGCUGGGAAUGCCAGGAUUUAUCCAGGAGCGCCGUACCAAUAUCUAUGUCCUCUUUUAUCUGGAUGAUGCUCUGAUCCUGUCCAUCCCCAGUCCAUACAAUGGUCAUCCUACACAAAGACCUCCUCAAGCAAAAUUUCCCUGCUUGGAAGAGACUUCUAAAGUGCAAAGCCGGCUUUUGCUGCUGUCUCACAAGGAAUGUCUAAUGAAACGGAACUAUCAGUCCUCUCAGAGCAAUGGUCCUUUGCCUCCCAGGCACACUCUUAGUUUCCAUGUAUCAGGCACCUGGCUAGGUGGGAUCCAAAGGAAAGAUGGGGAUGGCUGGGGUCUGCCAGAGUCCUUUGGAGAUGAGAGCCAGGACCAGAAGGUUUUUCUCCUCUUCUUUGGCCAAUCUAUCCGAUGGUUUGAAUUCCUGCACCCAGGGCAGCAGUAUAGGCUCAUCCUCCCUGACCCUUCUCAGCCUCCAAGUCUGUUAGAAGAGGGGGAUUCCUCCCCUCUUUCGCAGCAAAUCCUGGAGUUGACUGGCUAUACCUCCUGCCUUAUUGUCCAGGAUGACUGGAUCCUGGAACCUGGGAACACCCAGGACAUUCCAGGUAUGCUGGGGAUAAGCAAGGGACUCUCUGAAUCCUCCCUGACGGAGAUUCUCAGUGGCAGCUCCUCAGGCUCAUUUGUGUCCUUCUCUGCUGAAAUUUUGUCCAGGAUGCCUUGUGUGCCACUUUCAGAAACAACCCAGCAAGGAAAUUCCCAGACUUCUCAGCGUGGGGUAAAGUUAACUGUAGCCUUGGAUGCUGAUGAGUUGGCCUCUCGAAUUCCCAUUGAUGUCUAUAUAGAGGCUCCACAUCCACCCUUACCACUGGGGCUGCUUCCAGGAACCCGAGUCUAUUUUCAGCAGUUAGAAAGAAAGGUCUCCAGGUUCCAAAAUGUUUAUUGUCGUUUCCUGCCAUCCAGCUACCUCCGAAUCCUUUGUUUUCCUGCUGAGAUUCCAGCCAGCUCCAACUUGCCGCAUGUCUACCUGGCAGAACUACAAAGGGAUUCUCCAGGGCGAACCUGGGCCAGUGCUUCCUGUCAUGUAGUAUCUGUCCUCAGUGUCCAACUCUUCUGGCUCUGUGCACACUGUACCAGUGUUUGUGUUCAGGGACAGUGUAGUCGACAGGGUCUUCCGUGUCCCACGCAGGCAUCUGUGAGUCAGGCUAACAUCAGGCUCCUGGUAGAAGACGGAACUGCAGAAGCUGUAGUGACCUGCACCAACCAACAGGUGGCAGUAGCUCUGGGCCUGUGUCCCACUGAGUGGGACACCCUGAUGGAGCUAGUCAGGGUACCGGGGAGAGUUGCCCUACACAUUAGCAGACCUGGAGCCCAGCCUGAGUUUACUGGUGAAACAGAUGGUUCCCUGAUCCUCUUCCUUCAGACACUCUGUACCAGCUCCCGUGUCCUCCGAUCUAUUCAUCUUUCUUUUGAACUUGAGAGGAAACCCACAAGAGUCAUAACAUCAGAACCAUCUCGGCUACAUCGGUUCCAGUUUGGUGAAAUUCCUGUCUUGACACAUAUGGUUCCCAGACUCAGCCUUUCCUGUCUUUCUCUCAGAGACCCUGAAGUCCCCCACAUCUUAAGUUCCUGAGACACCUGGGACCAUUCUUCAUUCAGUCUAUCAAGAAUCUGAAUUCAUUCAGUGAUAGGACUUCAACAAUACAGAUGACAACUCUGUUAUAACUUCAUAGAUGGCUUUCUAAUUAAUCAAUAAGCAGUUACUAUUGCCUUGAAUAACCAAGCUUGCUAAGGAGGGUAAUUAGCUCUAGUUCUACUGAAUGCCAUUUCCUCCUACUACCUUACAAGAUUGAAUAUAUCUCACUCUUCCUUUAAUUGAAUGUAAGCUUUUGGAUCCCUGGUUUUCCAUGAAUCUACCUCAUUUACUUUACCUCCCUUCAACCACAUCAAAGGGACCCUGCAGUCAGGCUCCAGUUUGACUGGAUUUGUUGAAGAGAAAACCCCCUUCUGUCUUAAUUGAUCACCCUUACCUCAUUCUGGUGCCUUAUCCCUUGUUCUGCUUCUAGGAUAUGAAGAGCAACACUAAUGUGUUCCAAUGGUAAUUAUGAGAGCACAGCAAGCCCAGCACUUUAUCUAAAAUAAAACUCAAAGUUACUUGAUUUAA